GUAGCGAGACGAAUCCCGGUUCCACCGCUACCCGCUCAGCCUUCACCAUGCCGCCCACCAUUCAGCACGCCGCCGGCACCCCGGCUGUUUCUCCGGUCAACCUACACGAAGAACUGGAAUCAAUCCUUAGGGAGCGGAUCAUGGUGUUGGAUGGUGGCAUGGGCACCAUGAUCCAGCAGCAUACUCUCUCGGAGGAGUCCUUCAGGGGGCAAGAGUUUAUAGACCAUGGCAAAUCUUUAAAAGGAAAUAACGAUCUCUUAAGCAUCACCCAGUCUGACGUAGUGUACAAAAUUCACAAGGAGUAUUUACUCUGCGGAGCAGAUAUUGUGGAAACCAACACAUUCAGCAGUACAAGUAUCGCACAGGCAGAUUAUGGCCUUGAACACAUGGCUUAUCGUAUGAACAAGGUUUCUGCAGAAGUAGCUAGAAAAGCAGCAGAUGAUGUCGCAUCUGAGACAGGAAUUAAGAGAUAUGUGGCAGGAGCUAUGGGGCCAACCAACAAAACAUUAUCUGUGUCUCCCUCUGUUGAAAGACCAGACUACAGAAAUGUUACCUUUGAUGAGCUUGUGGAUGCCUAUGCAGAGCAGGCAAGAGGUCUUCUAGAUGGUGGUGUUGACAUUUUGCUGGUAGAAACUAUUUUUGAUACAGCCAAUGCUAAAGCAGCUCUGUUUGCUAUCCAGAAACUGUUUGAAGAAGAAUACAAGCCUAGACCUAUAUUUAUUUCAGGGACCAUUGUAGACAAAAGUGGACGAACCCUUUCUGGUCAAACAGGGGAAGCAUUUGUGAUUAGUGUGUCACAUGCUGAGCCACUGUGCAUUGGCCUAAACUGUGCUUUGGGUGCUGUUGAAAUGAGACCAUUCAUUGAAGCCAUUGGGAAAUGCACAACAUCAUAUGUUAUCUGUUAUCCAAAUGCAGGUCUGCCCAACACGUUCGGCGAUUAUGAUGAAACACCAGAAGUGACUGCUAAGCACAUUAAGGACUUUGCAAUGGAUGGUUUGGUGAAUAUAGUUGGUGGAUGCUGUGGAACUACACCAGCACAUAUCCGAGAAAUUGCUGAAGCUGUGAAGCACUACAAACCGAGAAUUCCUCCCGCUUCUGUGUGUGAUGGAUAUAUGUUACUUUCUGGCUUGGAACCAUUUAGGAUAGGACCAUACACAAAUUUUGUAAAUAUCGGAGAGCGAUGCAAUGUGGCAGGGUCAAGAAAAUUUGCCAAGCUUAUCACGUCUGGGAAUUAUGAGGAAGCUUUGACCAUUGCAAAAGCACAAGUAGAGAUGGGAGCACAAAUUCUGGACAUCAAUAUGGAUGAAGGGAUGCUGGAUGGCCCCAGGGCCAUGGCCAGAUUUUGCAAAUACAUUGCAUCUGAACCAGAUAUUGCUAAGGUACCGCUGUGUAUUGAUUCCUCCAACUUUCAGGUGAUUGAGGCUGGGCUGAAGUGCUGUCAGGGGAAGUGCAUAGUGAACAGUAUCAGUCUGAAAGAGGGAGAAGAAGACUUUCUGGCGAAAGCCAGAAAGAUAAAGCAGUUUGGAGCUGCAGUAGUUAUAAUGGCUUUUGAUGAAGUGGGGCAGGCAUCAGAUACAGAGACAAAGAUCAACAUCUGCACAAGGGCUUAUAACCUCUUGGUCAGUAAACUGAAUUUUAAUCCCAAUGACAUAAUUUUUGACCCAAAUAUCUUAACAAUUGGCACUGGCAUGGAGGAACAUAACAAGUAUGCCAUGUAUUUUAUCGAAGCUACAAAAAAGAUAAAGGAAACCCUGAAAGGAGCGAAGGUCAGCGGUGGCCUCUCCAACCUUUCUUUCUCAUUUCGAGGGAUGGAAGCAAUUCGAGAAGCGAUGCAUGGAGUUUUUCUUUACCAUGCUAUUAAGAUUGGCAUGGACAUGGGGAUAGUAAAUGCAGGCAACCUUCCAGUGUAUGACGAUAUAGACAAAGAACUCCUUCAGCUGUGUGAAGAUCUCAUUUGGAACAAGGAUCCAGAAGCAACAGAUAAACUUCUUAAAUAUGCGCAGACUACCGCUAAAGGUGGAAAAAAAGUGAUCCAGACUGAUGAGUGGAGGAAUGGUACCGUGGAGGAGCGGUUGGAAUAUGCUCUAGUCAAGGGUAUUGAAAAAUAUGUUAUAGAGGAUACAGAGGAAGCCAAAGCAAAUAAGAAACGGUAUCAGAGACCCCUCCACAUUAUUGAAGGGCCCCUCAUGAAUGGCAUGAAAGUGGUUGGAGAAUUGUUUGGUACUGGGAAGAUGUUUUUACCACAGGUGAUCAAGUCUGCUCGAGUUAUGAAAAAGUCAGUAGGAUACCUUAUUCCCUUCAUGGAGAAAGAAAGAGAAGAGAUGAGAGCAUUAACAGGAAGUGUGGAAGAAGAUAAUCCAUAUCAAGGAACCAUUGUACUGGCAACUGUUAAAGGUGAUGUGCAUGACAUUGGCAAGAAUAUUGUUGGUGUGGUGCUUGGCUGCAAUAAUUUCAGGGUGAUUGACCUUGGUGUUAUGACUCCAUGUGAUAAGAUCCUCCGAACUGCAAUUGAAAGCAAAGCUGAUGUAAUUGGUCUGUCUGGUCUUAUCACCCCUUCCCUGGAUGAAAUGAUCUUUGUUGCCAAGGAAAUGGAAAGACUGGCAAUUAAGACCCCAUUGCUAAUUGGUGGAGCCACCACAUCUCGGACCCACACUGCUGUGAAGAUAGCACCAAGAUACAGUUCACCAGUAAUCCAUUGCUUGGAUGCUUCCAAAAGUGUUGUGGUUUGUUCACAGCUCUUGGAUGAAAAUGCCAGGGAUGACUUCCUAGAAGAAGUAGCAGAAGAAUAUGAAGACAUUCGUCAAGAUCACUAUGAGAAUUUGAAAGAAAGACGUUAUCUGUCUCUACAACAAGCCAGAGAUAAAGCGUUCCAUAUUGAUUGGCUUUCCCACCCUGCUCCAGUAAAACCAAAAUUUGUAGGAACAAAAGUUUUUAAGAAUUAUGACUUGGAGAAACUUCGGCACUACAUUGACUGGAAGCCUUUCUUUGAUGUGUGGCAACUGAGAGGAAAAUAUCCCAACAGGGGAUUUCCGAAAAUCUUUAAUGACAAAACAGUGGGGGAAGAAGCCAAAAGAGUUUAUGAUGAAGCCCAAAAUUUGCUGCAGGUUUUAAUAUGCAGGAGGAAUUUUGAAGCCCGAGGUAUUGUAGGCAUCUGGCCAGCUCAAAGCAUGCAAGACGACAUUAUGUUAUAUGCAGGAGAAGAUGUACUGCAUUCCUCAGAGCCCAUUGCUACUUUUUAUGGCCUGAGGCAACAGGCAGAAAAAGACUCUGCAUCGACAGACCCCUAUUACUGUCUGUCUGACUUUAUUGCCCCUGCGGAUUCUGGAGUGAGUGACUAUUUGGGCAUUUUUGCUGUAGCCAUCUUUGGUGUAGAGGAACUGAGCAAAGCCUAUGAGAACAAAGGAGAUGACUACAACAGCAUCAUGGUCAAAGCCCUGGGAGACAGAUUAGCUGAGGCAUUUGCAGAGGAACUCCAUGAGCGAGUGAGGAAGGACCUGUGGGGUUAUUGUGAUGCAGAGGAUCUGAAUGUUGCUGAUCUGCGUAAGAUCCGGUAUGAAGGCAUUCGUCCAGCACCAGGCUAUCCCAGCCAGCCGGAUCACACAGAGAAAGUCACCAUGUGGAAACUGGCAAACAUUGAAGAAGCAACAGGAAUAAAGUUGACAGAAUCUCUGGCAAUGUCACCAGCUGCUGCAGUCUCUGGUUUAAUAUUUUCUUGUCCAGUGUCCAAAUAUUUUGCUGUUGGAAAAAUCGAUAAAGAUCAGGUUGAGGAUUAUUCACGCAGGAAACACCUGCCUGUAGAAGAGGUUGAGAAAUGGCUCGGCCCUAUUCUCAGCUAUGACCCCGAUGAAUAACAAGAGUUUUCUUUCUAUUUCAAAUCAGAAUAUAAACAUUAUAAAAUGCUGCUCAUAUGUCUCAGUGGUACCAGAAACCUUACUUGAACUGAUAUUACUUGUAUUGAAAUGAAAUGAAUUCUAUAUGUAAUCCAUUGGCAGGACUUGAAAACCACUUAAACCCCUCUUUUGCGAAAAAUACUGGAGUUUGUCUCGGCACUACACGUGAGUGCGUCGGUGCCUAAACUUAGUAUUAGAAUUUCAGUAAUUUACCAUCAGAAAAUAUACUCAUCUGUUCAUGAUCGUUUCACUACUGAACUGGCAAAAAUGGUUCACCUUUAGAAUACACUUCAAAAUGGUCAUAAAAGUGAGAGAGUCUGAGCUACAGAUAUUGUUUACCUGUAAUCCCCACCAUGUACUGUCAGAGAGCUGGGCUUUGAAGUACAGCACCUGGAGUUCCAUAGUCUCUUCAGUAUAAAUACUUUAUUUUUUAACAGCGAUGCCUUUCCCUAAAGUGCACUUAAAAUGUGUCAGAACUUUUAUACUAAAUGGUUGAGUAAUUUAUUGAGAUUGUAUUGAUUUUAGAGUGCGUAGAAGGUGUGCUUCACAAAGAAUGACUCUUCACUCAGGUUGCCCUGUCAGGUGGCUUCUUUAUUCCUCACCAAUGUUGUCACAUCACAUUUGUUCAACAAACAUUGCUUCAUUGACUGCUACCUGCGUCCAAACUAGCGCUCCCUGUCAUGUGGCCACUAACUUGUAUUGGAAGACCCGCCCACUGGUUCCCAAAAACCUGUAUUCUUUCACACAACUAAUUGGUCAUACCCACCUAGUGCAGCUGGAUGUAUUACCUUUACUGUAGCAAGGAGCAGGAUUCUUAACCCUACCUGCCCCUUGUUCUGUUCUGAGCAUCAGGACUUUGGCAAAGUACCCUCUUUGCCACAAGUGAAAUUACAUUAGCCAUCAGUAAACACGUCCCAGCAAAUGGAUAAGAAAUAAAAUAGUAUUAUAAUUUUAACUCAGUGAUUAUAUAAACCAGUAAAAGCACUGGUACAGGUAAUUUCUCAGUCCAUAUAAUUUCAAAAUGUCAUUGUAUUACUGGUAAUUACAUACUUUUUGUACUCUUGCAAAACUAUAACAAUUUAAUUUUUAACAGUUGUACAAGAAAGUUUAGGAAUACUAGCACAUAGAUGAUGCUAUUAAUGAGUAUAUAUAUAUAUAAUAUAUACUGUUCCAUACAGAUUGUUCAUAAAUUCACUUUGCUUUGCUUCAUGGUACAAUGUGUACUAACUAAGGCAUGGAUCCUCAGUAACUGAUAUAUGAUCAGUUUGGUGUAUUAUCUUUGUUUGCUACAAACUUUCUUCCAUUAGACCUUUGUUUUUUACUGCAUAGAGUAGAUUUGAUUAUUUCCUGCUGGAACGUACAAUGGUCUGUGUAGUGAGCGGUACACACGUAACGAUGUUCACGUAAUAUCUAAGCAAUCUCACUAGAUUGCUUAGAAAUUAAGCAUGGAUCUCUCCGAGCGUAUGGUGCCGGCGACAGCGUCGCUAUAGUUGGCUCUAGAUUUGGCAUGCAUGCAUGCAUGCCAAAUCUAGUAGAUUACUCAUUUCACAGCUGGGUGAAAUAAGCGUUCCACCCCCCCUUCCUCCCCCACCUCGCUCAGCACACAUCAUGCUGAGUGGGGGAGAGAUGUGUGCUGAGCGGUGUACCCCCCUUAACUUAUCUGGUUAGAUGAUUUUAUCUACUUUUAUAGUAGUGUUGCUUGGACAGUUGCCCUCCUAUGGGACCUUUAUUUUAUCCCUGGCACACUGACUGUCAUUGCUUUGGCGCUUUUUAUUAAACAGAUAAUUUGUGCCAGUAUUUCAUGUAUUUAUUUAAAAUGUGUUUUUUUUUAAACAAGUAGUUACUUCCAGAUGAGGGUUGUAUUAUGUAUUGUGUACUUUUUUGCCACUACUAGAUGUCAACUUGUCAUGUACAGGAUAUGGGGAAAUUGGCAGUACUACUUUAUGCAAUCCUAAAUAAGGAUGCAACCUCAGAAACUGAAAGUGAAGCCUUUUGCAGAAUUUAAAUGAUUCCUACAUGUAUUUAUUAAUCUUUUCCUGAUUUGGUUAUAUACAUAAGUCUUCAAUGGUAAAUGCUGGACUUUCUAUCACCAUAUAAUGGGUGACAAAUACAGUAUGUGUAUUAAUUCAGAGCCACAUGAUGCUUCAUAGACAUAAAUCCAUUUUAAUUACAAGUAUUCUGAGAGAAAAUAUAUUUUUUAGCACUUGACUGUAAGGGCUCAAUCCAUUUUGCUGCGUUUUAAUUGUCCUUGCAAGUAAGUGCAGCUAUAAUUCACACUUAUGGUAAUGCCAGAUUCAUGCAUUUUUGUUUGUGUGCACAAAAAUCUGCGAAUGUGGUGCAAGAUGGGGAUGCGAGGGGGUGACUAUGAUGCCGUUGCCGGCAUUUACACGCCCUCGCAGCAGCAACUUCCCACCGUUUGGGCAGAGGCAAGUUAAUUGGAUUGACCCCCUAUAUGCAGUAACAGUUAACAACGGACCAGUAGUCCGAAAAAAUGUUCUGUUCCAUAAGGGGAAAUCAUAAAAUUGUAUGUUAUUGGGUUCGAACACCAUAAAUAGUUUACCUUGGUUUUCUUCUUCCGAAGUUAUAAUCAAUCUAAUUAAGCUCCUUCCUUCAACAAUAUUUUGGAGACAUUUGUGAAAAGUGCAGCACAGGAAAGGAUCUGUAACCAACUCCAACCAAACUGUAGUUUUUAUAAAUGUCCUUACAUUUUUCCCCCUUGCGGUGUACAAAAUCUUUUAGACCGUGGUGGAUUUCCCAAUAGGCACGUGCCUAGGAGUGGCACUUGCUAGGCGGCAGCACACCAGGCUGAUAAGGGCCAGGUGAUUCUUUUUAUUCGUCAUUACAACUUUUUUUUAUACUAGCAAAUAACAGGGGUGGGACAAUGGGCAGCAAAUUGUGGUCAAGGAGUUGGUAGUAGGGUGAGGCUGGGGCUGCUCUAGGCAUCCGGACUGACAUCCGAAAUGAAAGGGGUAAUGACAUGAGGGGCAGCCAAUGAUGUGCCUAGGGGAGGCCAGAUCUCUAAAUCCCUACCUGCUUUUAGGACAUUCUGUUUUUAAUUAUUCUUGUUUAAGUAGAAAUCUAAGCCAUUUCCCUAAUACCGUAGGAUAACGCCAUUUCUUGGAGGGUGACAAAAUGUUCAAAAUAGACCAAAUAGCAAUUCCAAGAGAGAGUAGACCAAAUGCAACUUCUCCCUUAUCUAAUUGAUUAGAUGCAUUUUCUAGCACAAUAUAUGUAACAUGUAUCUGAGCAGUUUUCGAUAUGAAAAGAACCAGGAACAGUUGCCUGUCUGCAGCUGCUGCAUCAUUUGGCCCAAGUCAGUGGGUUCAGGAAAGUCGUUUUCACUGAUGAUGAUAGAAUUGUUCUAUAUGACGAUGUGGCAUACUUGUCUACUCUCUCUUGGAAUUUCUGGGAGACUUCUGACUCACAGUGAUGUGAGAUCCUGGUGAGGUGUUACUGCCAAUAAUGACACCAUCGUGACUUGCGCUCCCACCUGUGCAUACCUUUAAGAAGAUCUUUUGGAUGUGGCCAGAAAAACUUUGACCAGUUGUGAUAGUGUCAUGAGGGAUCCAGCCUCUUGAAUAGCAAAAAUCCUCUGAGAAACAUACUUUUCAUACAUGUUCACUGUACUAGAGCGGUAUCUAACAAUCAAUUAGUGUCCAGGACUUCCCAUUAAAUUAUGGGCCUCCUGACCAAUCUUGAUCGUUGAGAGAUGAAUUUAAAAUCUGUUAUAUCUCAAUGUCUGAUUAAUCAAAUUAUGUUUGCGAAAACAAUUCUAAUAUUUUGUGGCUGAUAAAUCAAUUACUGUAAUAUUUAAGACACAUUUAUAGGUACUAUAUUUAGUAGUAGAAAUGUGUUACAGUGGUAGGGAGAUUUUCUCUCUUGAGAAAUUACAGCGCUGCGCAGCACACUGCGUCUGCAUGAUCCGCACAUCACAUGACCGGUACCAUGAGAAUGUGGUACUAACACAGGCAACGGAAUUUCAGGAACAGCGUGAGUGGAUGCUAGCAGUUUGUUUGAAUGAUUCUGAACCCCAGAACAUUACAGUAACAGCUGCGGGGCCCCCCCUGAGACAUUUCCCUCCUUUGUGUGGCCCCAUCGGUGAGUUGCAGAUGGUUUUGAAAUUAAAAAAAACCUUACAACCUUGGCGGUAUCCUAUUAGCCCCGUCAAAUUUUCGCUGGGAAAAAAGGGCCGAUAUCGCGAUUUUAGCCCGAUGGCAAGUAUCUGGCUUAUCCUAUUAAAACCCAUAUUUUUCACCUAAAAAAUUUGCCGGUAUUACCCGUUACCACAUGGUAUCUGACAUAAAUUCCCAGACCCAUGUGUUAUUGCGGGUUUCAAGGGCUGAUUAUUGGGGAUUAUACUUCAUGUGCCUCAGUGUAAUACCCGAUAAAUGGCGGCAUCGGGGGAUCAUAACGCCAACUUCGGGACUAAUAGGAUAUCCCUUUUUGUCACUAAAGUUUGCUUUGUUAAAAUGCAUUUUGCGAUAGUAGUUAUUAGAAAAAUGUAUUUACUUUUGCCUCCAAACUGAUUUUAAAAAUUAAUACGUGCCAAAGAGUAGUCAGGUUACCUGCAGCUCAGCUGUUAUGGAACUACAACUCACAGCAUUUCCUGUCAACCUACUUUUCACAAAACAUGUAAAGUGACAAGUUGCUUAAUGAUACGGUUAAAUAAUAACACAAGCAUAUCUUUGAUCUAGGUCUAUGUUUUAUUUUUUUAACGUGCUAUAUGUGUCUUAAUCUACAUUUACUACUGUAUAAUUUUAUUCUGUGGCAGUUCUUUGUUAUUUUGAUGUUUUUGGCUGAAACUGCACUCUCUGUAAAUGUUUCCAGCAUGAAUAAAAGUUUAGAUAUUUGGA